GUUCUUUGAUAUCACGGAGCCGGAGAAACCCGGCGGCAGAGCGUUGUUCGGCGCGUUCCAGACACGCUUCGAAGGAAAACUGCCCGUAGCCCCCUUGCUUGUGCUGGCACCGGCUGGAAAAGUUAAACCAGGGAGAUAUACUCGCGUCUGGAUGCGCAGGCAACCAGGCACGGAGCUGGGUGAGGACCAGCUUCCUGUUUCCACGCCCAAGAGGCAGAAGAGGACAGCGACCGUUAAUUACCGGGACCAUGAAGUGGCCGCAGAUGAGGCUACAGAGGCAGCGAGCCCAUCGAAACGAGCAAAAUCGACGCCGAGGAAGUCGAAUGAUGCUACCGCUACAUCGGGCCUAAACCCACCGGGUCUCAAGACACCUACCCACAAAUCGAAAGCUACCUCCCUUUUUGCGACCCCUACGAAACGCAUUGCUGCAUCCACGCCGUCUCGUGCGAUAAAUGCCGAUCGGUCGGCAAAACGGAAAAGCGUCCGGCUCUUGCUCGAACAAGAUGAAGACGAUGUAUGGGAUGGAGCUGAUCGACUGGCGGAGGAGAUUCUGGAAGAGGAGAGCGAAUCAGCUGCUGUUGUCAAUGAGAACCCGGAUCUGAGGCAGACAAUCGAAACGGGCACGAAUGGCGCGAAGAACAAGCGGUCGCCCACGCCAGAAGGCGAGCUGCCACCGCACGAGAGAUAUUUCUUCCAGAACCGCGCGGGGCCUCCUCGCACGUCGAACAAUAACCUCAACAAAGUCAAUCUGCUUACUCACGAGGAGUACUUUGAGAAACUGGCAUAUCACCAGGAUCCGAACCUGUCCGAAAAGGAUUUCUUGCUGGAGGUUCACCAGCGAUCGUUCCCGCAGUGGGAGUUUGAGUUGGACGAGGACUUCAACGUUUGUCUGUAUGGAUAUGGCUCGAAACGAAACCUGGUGCAGCAGUUUGCGGACUGGCUAUACCUUCGACGCAGGGAGGACGCCGCUGCGCCUACUAUCAUUAUAGUCAAUGGCUACACGCCGAAUAUCUCGAUUCGGUCGAUUUUCGCGACCGUCGCCACAGCCGUGCUCGGCGCUGAUCUCCCGUCAAAGCUGGGGUCACAGCCAACGGAGGUGCUAGAGCUGCUUCAGUCGGCGCUCAAGUCUCGGCCGUUGAGACUCCCCGUGACGGUGCUGAUCAACUCGAUUGACGCCCCUCCGCUCCGCCGGGCGAUGGGCCAGGCGCUGUUGGCCCGACUGGCGGCGACACCAAUGAUCCGAGUGCUGGCGACGGCGGACACUCCCAAUUUCGGCCUGAUGUGGGACAUUAGCCUGCAGGACCAGCUCAACUUCGUCUUCCACGACUGCACGACAUUUAGCGCGUACGAGGCGGAGGUUGAUGUGGUGGAAGAGGUGCACAGCCUACUGGGCCGCAAGGGUCGACGUGUGGGCGGCAAGGACGGGGUCGGUUUUGUGCUGAAAAGUCUGCCGGAGAACGCGCGCAACCUAUACCGGCUGCUGCUGACGGAGCUGAUCACGAUGCUAGACGAGGGUCACAUGUCGGAUGACGAGCUAGAAGGCGAGGAGGACGAAGGGCGAGAGGUGGCCGGAGCUCGCGGCGCAGGGGACUUGGGUAUCGAGUUCCGCACCCUGUACCAGAAGGCGGCGGAGGAGUUCAUCGCCUCGUCCGAGAUGAUGUUCAGGACUUUGCUCAAGGAGUUCCACGACCACCAGAUGAUUACCUCGCGGAUGGACUCGAGCGGGAUGGAGAUCUUGGGGGUGCCUCUAUCGCGAGACGAGAUGGAAGGGGUUUUGGAAGACCUAGUACUGGCCUAGCAUACAGUGUCCUAACAUACCUACCUUUACGUGAUACCCAAUAUGAAAUAUCACCCGUACAUUAUUUUGACCAGUCCCGAUUUCUAAUAUAUACACCAAUACUUUGUUUUCCGGUGAUCCAUAUUAAUCAAAAUCUUGCAAAAGCAGC